CAGCGAUUAUUUGAUUUUGUUGACAUGUUUUGUUUGUCUUAGCUCCGUGGUUUCCAGGGAGACCACGAGCUGGUUUACUCCUAGUGUCGUUUCCAAGCCUCGAUAAAUAUGGAGGGCUGCAUCAGGCAGGGCACCCUGCCAAAGCAAACACGUCUGCCAUCAGAAAUGACAUUUCCAUCCCUGGAUUAAAGAGUGCCGUUGAUGCUGUUGGCCAGCAGGGUGCCAGUGGUUAUUCUCGAGAAGCCCAUUCGGAUCCCAAGGUCUCUGUCGGUGAAAGCUGCCGGCGUGCUCAAGGGCUUUCUAAACAAGGAUCCCAAGGAGCGGCUGGGUUGUCAGGUCCAGACAGGCUUCACAGACAUCAAGUCCCACACGUUUUUCCGCAGUAUAGACUGGGAACAGCUGGAGAAGAAAGAAGUGACGCCGCCCUUCAAACCUCAAAUCUCUGAUGAGUACGGCCUAGAAAACUUUGACACGCAGUUUACUAAUGAACCAGUGCAGCUAACACCAGACGAUGAGUAAGUACUGCUUUUCAGCUCAAACACAGCCUUCAUUAAAGUCAAGCUUAUGUGAAUAAAGUUUCAUGUGUGGAACUGCACAUCUGUCUUAAUGUAAGCAUGACUGUUGUUUUGUCAUGAUAACUCUUUACUGUGAUCAGUUACUGCCAUCAUCAAGCACUCAGAAGAACUGUAUGGAGGGUUCUCACAGAUAACUCCAUAUUUUUGUUCUUGGACUCCCUUAGAGUAGCUUUGCAUGAUUCCCAGUUCAGAAUAAGUCUUUGUUUUUCUUAUACGGAGCAUUCAGCACUGUGUGCAGCAGUGAAAACAUAAUAAUAUCACAGUUUAAACACAAGUUGUCCUGUCUCUUUGUGGAUCAUACCAUAUGAUAGAGGGAGUAACAUAUGGUUCAAGGUGGGGGUGGGAUAACAUCGGGGUCGGCUCUGAGCUCCUCUAGUUUGCAGCAGUGAUAGACAGCUAGUGAGGUCACAACUAUCCAUAGA